GCGACGCUCGGCAUCGCGCCGGCCUCCGUCCGCCCUGCUCUCCUGGGCGGCUUUUGCUUCCCCCUCGCACCAGGGAGCAGCACUAACCGUGAAGGAACAACAUUACUACAUUGGUGCAACGAAGAGCGAAACACAGCAUGAUAACAGACAUUGGUUAAUAUUUCCUCUGCGUUUGCAUUCUCGAAGGUAAAACUAGUAACAACGAGGCUGUGACGGGCACCAGCAAUCUGGAAAACGCCUCGCGGUCCUUGAAGCCCUGAGCGCACGGGGUUAACCCGGACGUCGCUGGGGAUUUGAACGCCGGCCAGGCGGAAGAGGUCUGGAAGCAGCAGUAAACGAAGAGCUGAGUGGCCCUCUUCUUUUGCACGCCCACCAUGGCAUCUACCAUGAGGAGCCUGAUCACCAACCAUGGCAAAUAUGUUGAGUCUUUCCGCGUCUUCCUCGAGAACUCAACCGAGCACCAGUGCAUGCAGGAAUUCAUCGAGAAGCAGCUGCCCGGCAUCAUAUCCAGUAUUGGAAAUGGGAAGUCUACAAUCAAUAUUCUAAGUGUUGUUGGUGGUGCAGGUGAGAUUGACCUGCUGAUGCUCUCGAAAGUGCGAGCCAGGUACCCAGGAGUCACCAUCAACAACGAAGUGAUAGAGCCCAGUGCUGAGCAAAUCUUCAGCUACAAAGAGCGUGUAGCAAAGACAUCAAACCUCGAGAACAUAAAGUUUACCUGGCACAAGGAGACAGCUCAUGAAUAUGAAAGUCGAAUGACUGCAGAAAAAGAGUCUAAAAAAUGGGACUUCAUUCAUAUGAUUCAGAUGCUGUACUACGUGAAAGACGUCGCGGCCACCAUCCGGUAUUUCCACCAGCUCCUGCAGAGGCAGGCAAAGCUCCUCGUUAUCCUGGUGUCAGAAACCAGCGGCUGGAAAACACUGUGGAAGAAAUAUGGGUCUCGCUUACCUCUGAAUGAUCUUUGCUUUUACAUUACCUCUGCUGACAUCAAAGCGAUGCUCGACUCAGCAGGGCUGAAGCACCAGCUCUACGAGCUCCCGUCCCAAAUGGAUAUAACCAGCUGUUUCAUGGAGGGGAACACGGAUGGGGAGCUGCUGCUGGAUUUUCUGACAGAAACUUCUGAGUUUUCUAAAACUGCCCCUCCUGAACUAAAACAGCAAAUAAUGGAAGAAUUAAGAAAGCCUGAAUGCAGCGAAGAAAGAGAUGGAAAGGUGCUUUUUAACAACAAUCUGAGUGCAAUAGUGAUAGAGCCAUGAAUUAAUUUAUGAAUGAAUUUAUCUCCUUUCUUCAUCUAAAAGCUAAGUCAGACACAAACUGCUAACAGCUGAAAUCAAUCAGAAAUUUUCUUGCUUUAUAAAUGGUUUAGUUUACUUCAGGAUUGAUAAAUACCUUUCAGAGCCUGUUAAGAAAUCAGUAUAAUGUCUGUUAUUACAAGUGAGCUUUAAUACUUGAUUAAUUCUGUACUAAUCUAUGCAUGCAGAACCUACUAAACAGUAGGUUUAGCACAGAUUGUGCUUUAUUGUAUGGACAUCGUAUAAUCAGCAUAGGUGUAACUUGGACUAUUGACUGACGCGCUGCAGAAACCAGUCCGUAUCCUCUGACUGAUGCGUAACGGCCUACGUGCAAUGUUAUUGCCACCAGUUGAAAACUCUCUGCUGAGCAAAUAAUGUAGUUUAGAGCUUCUUGGUGCAGCUUGCAAAACAUGAGGCUCAGAACAACCGCCCCUUUGGAUGGUUGUGCAACCAGAUUUCUUCACCUUCUUGGGAUUUCAAAAUAUCGUACCUCCAGCUAGCGUGGAAGCGGCCGCAGGUCUUGUGAAAGCCUGGCAGUUGGCCGCGUCUCUCUCCGCAGUUAAUGCCCUUUAAUAGCACUGCUCCCCUAUUCUCGUGUUUCCAUUUUAUCUCUACGGCGUUGCACCUGCCACGUCCCAGGGCCGCGGAAGGGAGGUGCGCGGAGGUGGCCGUGGCGCCGGAGCGGGAUCAGCUGCGCCCAUGAGCUGGACUUCACUGACGGGCUCUGCUGCAGACCCUUGCUAGGAAUGAGUUAUUGCUGUUAAGCAGGGCUUAUCUUGUAUUUUUAACUAAACACGCAAAAUUCUGGUGCUGGCCUCUAUAUAGCCUUGUAGCCAGGGCCAGGUAUGGCUUGUCAACUCUGUAACACGAAAGAUGUGACAAUAAAUUCAGAAACCAAA